AUGAGACUCUCUCACUCACUCUUUCUCUCUCUUCUAAUACCCCCUCACAUGUCUUAGAGAGAGAUAAAGAGUGGUCAUCCAAAGCCAAAGCCAAAAAAACAAGAACCCAGAAACCUAGAAGACAGAAACAAAAAACAUAAAAGCUUUACUGAGCCACCAAGCAACCAAUUACAUAAACUCAAAAACCCAUAAAACCAAAAAAAUCCCACAAAGAUUCGAUCUUUCAUACAUCUCUACAAAAUGAGAGAGCCAAUGGUUUGAUUUUUCCAACAAUCUUGCUUUCAAGAAACACUCCCCCCACCUAAGUAAAAAAAAAGAAAGAAACCAAAAGAGUCCACCACACACACAAACAUGGGUCUUUCAAUCUCAUUCAUCAGCACCAUCUUGAUGAUGUGUCUACUGCUUCCAGAUCUCAAUGUCGUCGUAGUAGAAUCUGCAACAACGGAAUACACAACCUUAAUCUACAAAGGAUGUGCAAAACAGGAAUUCUCAGAUCCAUCUGGUUUAUACUCACAAGCACUUUCUGCUAUGUUCGGCUCACUUGUAUCUCAGUCAACUAAAACCAGAUUCUACAAGACCACAACAGGAACAAGCACUACCACAAUCACUGGUCUGUUCCAGUGUAGAGGUGAUUUAAGCAAUCAUGACUGUUACAACUGUGUCAGUCGUCUUCCUGUUCUCUCCGACAAGCUCUGUGGCAAAACCAUUGCCUCUAGAGUUCAGCUCUCCGGCUGUUAUCUUCUCUACGAAGUCGCUGGCUUUUCUCAAAUUUCAGGGAUGGAGAUGCUGUUCAAGACAUGUGGGAAGAGCAACAUCGCCGGAACGGGGUUCGCAGAGAGAAGAGACACGGCGUUCGGGGUUAUGCAAAACGGCGUCGUCUCAGGCCACGGGUUCUACGCAACGACCUACGAAUCUGUCUACGUUUUAGGACAAUGCGAAGGAGAUGUCGGAGACACUGAUUGCAGCGGAUGCGUUAAGAACGCACUCGAGAAAGCUCAGGUGGAAUGUGGAAGCGCAAUCUCCGGUCAGAUUUAUCUACAUAAGUGCUUCAUUGCUUAUAGUUACUACCCUAAUGGUGUCCCCAGAAGAUCUUCUUCUUCGUCUUCUUCUUCUUCCUCCAGCUCUGGUUCUUCAAAUUCAGAUUCUUCGUCUUCUACAGGAGCAACAGGGAAGACGGUGGCAAUAAUAGUAGGAGGAGCAGCUGGUGUUGGCUUUCUUGUCAUUUGUUUGCUUUUUGCCAAAAACUUGAUGAGGAAGAAACAUGACGACUAUUGAAAGAUGAAGAGGAAGAGAACAAAAGGAGACAAUCCCUCCAAAGAGAGAGAGGCAGCCACAAGUUUAAUUUUUCUUUUUUCCUAAAGAGUCUAUUAAUUCCUAAGUCCAAACUUUUUUAGUUUCAUGAAAAUUGUUAUUAUAUUUUAAUUUUAAUUUUGUUAGUUCAGAUUCUUGGGAGGUAGGAAAUUUUUGUGGUGGAUGGGAAGGACCAUUAGUGGAAUGUUCAAAAAUUACUUCCAAAAAUGUGAAAAAGAGAACUUUGUUUU